AAAGACGAUAUCUCCUCUAGUGUCAGUGCAAAAGGCAAUGGCGAUUGUCAACUAGCUUCACCAGGCUCGUUGAAAUUCCUGCUGCAAGUGCUCGACACCAUGUCAUCGCCGCCGACGAUACCGCUGUACAGUGGCCGGUACCCGAACGGGUACGGGCCGCCCUUUAACGGCAUCGAGCCGCACGAACCGCUCGACUUCCGCAAGGUCGAAUCCCAGCGCAGGAACAGCACUGACACAGGAACAAUGGACCAGCAGUACUGUCUCCGCUGGAACAACCAUCAGUCCAACCUGACGACAGUGCUGACGACGCUGCUGCAAGAUGAGAAGCUGUGCGAUGUCACGCUGGCCUGUGACAAGGGCAUUGUCAAGGCCCACCAGGCGAUCCUGUCCGCGUGCAGUCCGUACUUUGAGCAGAUCUUCGUCGAGAACCGCCACCCCCACCCGAUCAUCUACCUGCGGGACGUCGAGGUGAGCGAGAUGCGCGCCCUGCUCGACUUUAUGUACCAGGGCGAGGUGAACGUCGGUCAGCACAACCUGCAGAACUUCCUCAAGACGGCGGAGAGCUUGAAGGUCCGAGGUCUCACCGAGAGCAGCGCCGAAAGCCGGUACUCGUCGGACGCGGACAAAAGCCGCCCGGACCGGCCGCGGGGUGACUCCCGCGAUGGCCGCGACUCCUGCCCACCUGCUUCCCUCACCAACAACAACAGCAACAGUCUCAGCCGGGACCGGGAACGGGACGCCAACAGCGCCAGCAACAACAACAACAACAAUAACAACAAUAAUAACAACAACAACAACAAUACUCUGCACCACGUGGCGUCCCUGCGGGAAAAGGAGCUGCGCGAGCGGGAGUCGGAGAUCCAGGCGGCCCGGCGGGAGCGGGAUCGGUUGGACCGGGAGCAGGCCGCGGAACUCCGGCACCGGGUGGAGCUGCAGGAGCAGCAGCAGCAGCGGCGGGUCAGCAGCGCCGAUUUGUUGACGCCAAUGGGCGGCGGCGGCGGCGGGCUUGACGAGCGGGACUAUUCGCCGUCGGGCGGGAUUGACGAGCGGGACCGGGAUCUGGACCGGUCCGGCGGUGGCGACAGUGGCGGCGGGAGCAGCAAGAAGAAGCGUAAAAUGUCCAGCACCUGUGAUAUCUCUCUGCCGUCGACACCGAGCCUGAUCACCGAUCGGCAAGGCGGGUACGAAUCGCAGGCGUCAUCACACAGUAGUUUCAAGCUAAGUCCAAAGCCCGAGGACGAGUUCAAGGGCGGGUCGGGCUCGCCCGCGCCCGUCCUCUCCCUGUCCGGCCACCCGAUCAUCCAGUCUAGUAUUAAGCAGGAGCUGCCCGACAUGCCCGGCGUUCGACAUCACUCGCUACCUCCAGACUUCCCGCCCGUUAAGAUGCCAAUGUACGCGGAGGAGAUGUCCAGCUUGCUGACACCCUCCAGCCCGGGGCAGGAGCAUCAUCCGCUUCCGCCCCACCACCACCACUCGUCACACCCGCACCUGAACCAUAUCCGUUACAAGUCGAAGCAUCCCAUGCCAAUGAACCUCAACUCGGAGGACAUGGGCAGCAUGCUGCCGAGCAACAUGCCCCCGCUGAGUGAUUCCGGCGACAACGAGGGCCACCUCUCGCACCCGGACCACCCGGACAACAUCGACGGUGACCCGAUGUUGCGUCUGGCGAUGGCGUCCCGGCACCACCCGCACCUGCCCGGCCCGGCCGGAUCCCUGCUGGAGCACCACCAGCGGUUGAACGGGCUCGGUGCCCAGCAGCAGCAGUCCGGCUCGUCCGGAUCGUCGCUCCUGUCCAGCAGCACCCCUCCGGGGACCAGCUCCGGAACCGGGGGUCUCUGUGGCGGCACCGGAACCGGUUCCGGAAGCGAGAGCUCCCGCUCGGGGUCGGCCGGAACGCGGCGGGACCACAACAUCGACUACUCGUCGCUCUUCAUCCAGCUGACCGGCACCUUCCCGACGCUGUACAGCUGCGUCAGCUGCCACAAGACGGUGUCGAACCGCUGGCACCACGCCAACAUCCACCGGCCCCAGAGCCACGAGUGCCCCGUCUGCGGCCAGAAGUUUACCCGCCGCGACAACAUGAAGGCCCACUGCAAGGUCAAACAUCCGGAGCUGAGGGACCGGUUCUACAACCACAUCGUCCACAUGUGAUUAAACGCCGCCCGGAACAAGCACCAGCGGCUCAAGUUUAAGAAGAAUGCGUUCAUCUAAACGUCAAAACUGACAGAUGGCGGGGGGUCCCUCGGCGCGCCGAGGGGUGUUGUCCCCCGUCACUAUCUAAUAAUAGCUAAACCUACCGCUAGUCGGACCUUAUUCUAGAAGAAUAGUGCAAAACAACCGUAGAUCUGCGUUUUAGUACAGUUUUUUAGUACAGUUGUCUGAGUUGACCGUGCAAUACCACUUAAAGCGAACUUGCGAGAUAGUUUGGCGUUCCUUGGGUUAACUGUUGAUUCAUCUAGUCUGAUUUUUGCGUUCUUUUCCGAAACAGUUUGCAAUAUAUAAGAUGUAGCAACCUAGGAGAAUAAAGUAAACAAACAGCCAUAUACACGGUAGCGUAACAAAGUAGACUAAUAUACAUAGAUAUAUUUUUAUAUAGAAAAGUAUAUUUAUAUGAAAACAAUACCAAAAAAUAAUAAAUUUAAAAAAUAAACAAGGCAGUCACGUUGUAACCACACAAAAAAAACGACAAAGCCGAAACAUUUGUACGUUUCCAAGGAAAACGAAUAAUAAUACUGUGGAAAAUAACCAGGUUAGAACAAAACAACACACAAACAUUAAUCCACCACCCCUAGUCCGCGCCCGGUUGGUCCCCAACCGCACACUGUGGCACAGUGAUUGCAUUUCGAAACGUCACUUUAGUUUCGCUAGCGGGCGCCAGAGGCGCCACUUGCUGUCAAACCUGGUGUACUAAAAUGCGCUCGGUCCCGACAAAACCGACCCACAUUAAUCAUAUUUACAGAUUGUUUUUGUCACACACGGGCCAACAUAACCUCCAAGCCGGCACUUUCGUGCCGGCUUGCGAGGUUAUGUUGGCCAUUCUUUUUUUCUGCGCUGGGUGGGAGUUAAAAGAACGAGGAAAAAAUCCUCCUGCAACGAUAUCAACAUAAAUCUCAAUCUUGCAGAUAUUUCCCGAAGGCCGGCGGCAAACGGCCAUAAACUUUGCUAUUUAUUAUUAUUGGCCAGGUGUCACCCUUUUGUUUGUUUUUGUUUUAAUCUUUACCACUCGUUUCUUCUUUUUAUUAUGGUCCUCUUUUGUUCGUUCUAAGUGGGUCAUUCAAUAUUUUCUUUUUGCGUUCCGUUUUUUUCUCAAGUUCAGUCAGUGUUGUUUAUUAUUUCGUCCGAUUGCGAGCGCGCAGCGCUCCCAACUCCAAACGUCAAACGCAUGACUGUCAACUUUCAAAUCAACAUUUCGGUGUCGUAAUUUUUAAUUUUUGAAACGUUGCGUUCCAACUCUCUCUCGCUGGUGUCUCUCUCUUUUGUCGACGAACCCAUCACUCUCAUUCUCGCUGUCACUUUAAAACCAACUCUCUCUGUCUGUCACUCACUUGUUCAGCUCUCUCUAUGUGUGUGUGUUUUUGUGAGCGCAACGCAGCAGCAGCAGUCCGAUUUUCUCUCCGCUCUCUCUCCACUGUGACGGCUCUUCUCCCUCUCGCGCGUUUGUUUUGCCUAUGUGUUUGUCUCCACUCUAUCUCGCUGUCUCGCUGACGUCACAACAUUCGCUGUUUUGUUGGAAGUUUUGCGUCACAACAAAGUGUGUCGCGAAAAAAAACGUGUUUUCUAAAUGUUUCUCUGCUAGCGUUUAUGAGUACCAUUUUUAUGAAUACAUCUACAUAUAUAUUUCUCUCUCUCUCUUUCUGUGUAAAUAAUACCUUACAACACUAAUCCUGUGAAUGUGUAUUUUGCUUUUAACACAACAUGUAAAAUCGAGUGUUCAGUUUUCAAUUGGUUUUGACUUUUCGUGUUUUUUUGUCGCCAUUUUGUUUUUACACGGAUGUGUUUGAAACAAAAAAACAAAAGCAAAAGAGCGAGUGCGCUGCUCCGCAGCGCCUGUUUUUGUUUGUGUACAUUUUAUCUUACUUGAAACAUCUCUAUGUUGGUGCUGGUUGGUGAUUCUUUUACUUUAUACCAUACAAAAAACAAACAAACAAAGCGACAUCUACUCACACAGACACACAUGACACUCACUUACACCGAAAAAAAAAACAAACAAUAUUUUAAUCCGCAAAGCAGUUUGGCCGCCAAAUUGAACGUGUUUUCGUCCACCGUUUCUUACUUGUAUAUCUUGUGAUUGGAGUUACGUUGUUUUCCGAACUAAGUGUGUUUACUAAAUUUUUCCCACUCUGUAUCGCAAAAAAAAAAAACAAAAAAAAUCUCGUUACAACGCAAAAAC